AUGAAAACUCGGGACGUCUCGAGUGGCGAGGUGUCUUCCCUCAGCAGCGAUGACGAGGAGCUGUCUGCGAAAGUGAUGCGUCAGAGUUCACCAUCCCCGGUUAGACCGAGUAAAGGAGCUAGAAAUCGCAUUUGGCAAUCUGUUGUGCUUGAAAAUACUCUUGAAAAGGCCUUUAAGAGUACGGCUCUCGAGUUAAGUGAGCCGGCAAUUAUCGAUCGCGGUGCUGAGAGCUAUUGUUUUGAGGAAAGCGAGCUAGCUGUGGGGUCGAUUGCUUCAAUGGAUCGACAUCUUCCUUCCGAUCGUAAGCGUCGUCUCAGUGAGCGACUAGCACCCCGAUCGUAUGAUAAAACCAUACCUCGCGUCCACUACGGUGUCGACUUCGACAGUCCUCCUGAUGAGGUUAUUUUAGCUAUUGCGAGAUUUCUGCAAGAACGUCGUGAGGAUUUGAUCAAACAAAUUGUUGAAAACAUUGGUGUGAGACGUGCUCUGGAAUUCUGCUACCUUACCGAAGAUAUUGAAAAGUAUGGAGGUCUGUGUACUAGGGAUGGAACACGGCGUCGAACUCGCGGUGGUGUUUUCUUCUUCCUUAUUCGAUGCUCCGAUCAGGUUUCUAAAGAUGAAAAAAAGUUAAUCUUCACUGAACUGCCAGACGGAAAGCUGUCUAGAAAACGUGCUCGAAAAGCUCGACGACGACGACGACGAGCGGCUCCCAUGCAGGAGCAGAAGUGCUCCUCAAACUGUGAGGCUAAUGUUGACUUUAAAGACCUGCCUUCACCUAAUGUAUACAUUGAGUAG